CUUGGAAGAUAUCGAAAGCCCUUCCUCAUUCAUUGCCAAGGGCUAUCGUAUCCUGCGUAUCGUACUAGUAGUUUCUUGACAUAACAGACCACACGGACCAGGACCACGGAUCAUGAUAUGGUUGACUGUGGAGUUCUUCCAUCCAACCAAUCAGGGGUUCGUAUUCGAACAUCUAGUUUUAUAGCCAAUCAAACAGAAUUAUAAAACUAGGGGGCUCCGAAGGACUGUGACGUCAGUUGAGCGAGCGCGUCACUGGCCGUGUCGCGCCUUGGCCAAUUCCCCUAUUUCCCAAUUUCCCAGUUUUCGUCUUGAAAUUAUAUUCUUAAUUCGAUAUACUUAGUAUUACUAGAAUGCCUCCUAAACGCGCUGCGUCCAGUUUAGCUGGUUCUGCUAGGAAAAGAACCGCUGCGCCGACUAACGUGCGGACAAGAAACGAACGAUGGUCCGCUGUAUCAGCCUCAGCUAAUGCCGAUGCUGAUUAUAAGACGAUAUGGCGGAAUCCCGAUAGGUGGUACGCGUACGUGACUAUCUGUUCGCCUAUACGGGAUGAAGACGAAGACGAGGACGAAGACGAAGAUGAGGACGAAGACGGCGAAGACGACGGAGAUGGCGAAGGUAAAAAGAAGAAUGAUGACGACGACGAAGACGAGGACGACGAUGCUCAUGGCGACGACAACGAAGCCGAGGGUGAGACUCGGGAUGGCCCUAAUUGUGGCAAGAAGCGCUGCCUAUGUUUCAAGCCUGCUCUGCAGAACCCGGACCACCCGUGGGUUGUCAGCAAGGCGGGCCACCGGAAAUAUAUUACCCAGCAUAUCCAUUUCAGCCUGCGUGUUCCCGAUAACUUCGAUAUGUACACGUUCAAUGACCAUGCAAGUUAUGGUUGCAUAGAAAUCGUGCAAAACCUGUUUCUCGACUACGUCGAAGCAGCAGAGCGUGGCUGGAGGGAACAGUGGGCUGUCUGUGAGGGUCUUGCUCUUUGGUUGCUGAACCCGGCUAGCGAUGCCAUGAUGAUGGCUGAUGAUGGUGAGCUCGUCGACGCUACAAUUCGUCUCGCCGGCCGAAUGUUCCUCGAUAUGCUCGCUCAACUUGAUAACCAAGACCUACUUGGUGACGUUACCGAUGUAAAGAGCCUUGGCACCAUCAUGGCUAUAUUUCUGAAGCUAUGCCCCGAAAUGCGCCAAUAUGGCAUACUCGAUGGUGAGAGAGGUGACAAGAAGAUCUUUGAAGAGUGCCAUUUCGAUGAUGCUAUUCUUUCUUAUGCCAACCAGCGUGGCGUUACAUUACGGGGCCCCGAAGACAUUGAUGAACUUACCGCGAACCUUGCGGGAGAGGUAGAGUUACCCAGCAAAGGCAAGGAGGAUCCGUGGGGUUGGAUCGCUGGGCUGAAGAAAUACAAGGAUACGUAUAAGAAGGGAGAUGUCGGUAUUGACGGUAUUGGCGGAGAUGCUUUAGAUAUUACCACGUGGACUAGCGCCCAGCGCAAGAAGGCCAGCUUCGACGGUAAAGACCCCUUGGGCAAGCGAGAAAUGGACGCUAUUAAAAGAGGGAUGGUGAUGCAACUUGGAUGAUUUCGUCCUUGUUGAUCAUAGAUCCUUCAUGUAUGCAUACUCAAGUGUUUGGGCUUGCUGUUGGUGCGAAACUGACACUCCAUGUAUGAUAUAUAUUUCAGGGUCACGUCG